AUGUCGGCGCGCGGCCGGUGCGCCAAGGUGCUCCCCUCCGAGCUGAACAAGGUGUGCCCCGAGAGGGGAGAUGACCCUGCCACACACCCCAAGAAGAUGAGCGACUUCGAGGUGGUGCCCAACCUGCAGCAGAGCAGCAGCAGUGUCUCAAGGAGCAGGAGGAAGGCGCAUUUCCCCGCGGGCAACAAUGAAAAGGAAAAUCUCAUCUCCUGGAUUCCUGAAAACAUCCGGAAGAAGGAAUGCACCUAUUUUGUGGAAAGCUCCCAGACAUCAGAUUCUGGGAGGAUCGUUUGUGAGUGUGGCUAUCUCAGGGAACAGCACCUGGACGAUGCUGCCAAACCUCCCAUCUUCCUGGGGAAGGAAUGGGACCCCAGCAGGCACAUCCAGGAAAUGCCGACGGAUGCCUUCGGUGAUAUCCGCUUCACAGGGCUGGGGCAGAAGACAGGGAAGUACGUGCGCGUCUCCUCGGACACCCCCCCACGGGUCAUCUACCACCUCAUGACACAGCACUGGGGCCUCGACCCACCCAACCUGCUCAUCUCAGUCACCGGGGGAGCCAAAAACUUCGUCAUGAAGCCAAGGCUCAAGAACAUCUUCCGGCAAGGCCUAGUCAAGGUGGCCCAGACCACAGGAGCCUGGAUCAUCACAGGGGGGUCCCACGCUGGUGUGAUGAAACAGGUGGGAGAGGCAGUGCGAGACUUCAUCCUGAGCUGCAGCCACAAGGAGGGCGAGAUUGUCACCAUUGGCAUUGCCACCUGGGGGACCGUGUACAACCGGGAGAGCCUCGUCUGCCCCAUGGGGGGCUUUCCUGCUGAGUACGUGCUGGAUGAGGAGAACCAAGGCAGCCUGUCCUGCCUGGACAGCAACCACUCCCACUUCAUCCUGGUGGAUGACGGGACCCACGGGAGGUACGGGGUGGAAAUCCCCCUGAGGACCAGGCUGGAGAAGUUCAUCUCAGAGCAGACCAAGGUGAAAGGAGGUGUUGCCAUCAAAAUCCCCAUCGUGUGUGUGGUGCUGGAAGGAGGCCCUGGGACUCUUGAUACCAUCUACAAUGCCAUCACCAACGGGACCCCCUGUGUGGUUGUGGAAGGGUCGGGGCGGGUGGCCGAUGUCAUCGCGCAGGUGGCCAGCCUGCCCGUGGCCAAGAUCACCAUCGCCCUGAUCCAGAGGAAAUUGAGUGUCCUCUUCCACGACACCUACGAGCUCUUCACUGAGGGCAAGCUGGUGGAGUGGACCAAGAAGAUCCAAGACAUAGUGCGGAGCCGGCAGCUCCUGACCAUCUUCAGAGAGGGCAAAUAUGGCCAGCAGGACGUGGAUGUGGCCAUCCUCCAGGCCCUCUUCAAAGCAUCCCGAAACCAGGACCACUUUGGUCGUGAGAACUGGGACCACCAGCUGAAGCUGGCCGUGGCCUGGAACAGGGUGGACAUUGCCCGAAGUGAGAUCUUCACAGAUGACCACGACUGGAAGCCCUCAGAUCUCCACCCCGUGAUGGCAGCUGCCCUGAUUUCCAACAAGCCAGAGUUUGUGAAGCUGUUCCUGGAGCAGGGAGUGCGCCUCAAGGAUUUUGUCACCUGGGACACCCUGGUUUACCUCUACGACAACCUGGCGCCGUCCUGCCUGUUCCACAGCAAGCUGCAGAAGGUGCUGCUGGAGGAGAGGGAGCACACAGCCGGCUCCAAAACGCCCAGGCUCCAGAUGCACCACGUCUCGCAGGUGCUGCGGGAGCUGCUGGGCUGCUCCACGCAGCCGCUGUACCCCAAGCCCAAGCAGACGGAGCGGCCCCGGCUCUCCAUCCCCGUCCCGCACAUCAAGCUGAACGUGCAGGGCUCGAGCCUCCGGUCCCUCUACAAGCGCUCUCCUGGCCGAGUCACCUUCACCAUGGACCCCGUCCGGGACCUGCUCAUCUGGGCCGUGGUCCAGAACCGCAGGGAGCUGGCAGAAAUCAUCUGGGCCCAGAGCCAGGACUGCAUGGCAGCUGCACUGGCCUGCAGCAAAAUCCUGAAGGAGCUGGCCAAGGAGGAGGAGGACACGGACACCACCGAUGACAUGCUGGCCCUGGCCGAGGAGUACGAGCACAAGGCAAUCGGUGUGUUCACAGACUGCUACCGCAAGGAUGAAGAGAGAGCCCAGAAGCUUCUCACCCGUGUCUCUGAAGCCUGGGGGAAGACAACCUGUCUGCAGCUGGCGUUGGAGGCCAAGAACAUGAAUUUUGUGUCCCAUGGGGGUGUCCAGGCUUUUCUAACCAAGGUCUGGUGGGGGAAGCUGUCUGUGGACAACGGCCUUUGGCGGGUGGUUACCUGCAUGCUGUUCUUCCCCCUGCUCUACACCAACCUCAUCGCCUUCAGCAGGGAGAAGAGGCUGCAGCCCGUGGGCUGCCUGGCGCGCCUCCGAGCCUUCUUCACGGCACCCAUCGUCAUCUUCCUCAUGAACACCCUCUCUUACUUCACCUUCCUCCUGCUCUUCGCCUACGUGCUGAUGGUUGACUUCCAGCCGCGGCCGUCCUGGCGGGAAUACCUCAUCUACUUCUGGCUCUUCUCCCUGGUGUGCGAGGAGACCCGCCAGCUGUUGUAUGAUCCAGAUGGACUCGGGGUUGUGAAAAUGGCUUCCCUGUACAUCAAGGACUUCUGGAAUAAGCUGGAUAUCUGCGCCAUCCUAGUCUUCAUCGCAGGGCUGACUUGCAGGCUGAUCCCAUCAACUUUAUAUCCUGGGCGCAUCAUACUGUCCCUGGCUUUUAUCAUUUUCUGCCUGCGCCUGAUGCACAUUUUCACAGUCAGUAAAACACUGGGGCCCAAGAUCAUCAUUGUGAAGCGCAUGAUGAAGGAUGUCUUCUUCUUUCUCUUCCUGCUGGCAGUGUGGGUGGUGUCCUUUGGGGUGGCCAAGCAGGCUAUCCUGAUCCACAAUGAGGAACGCGUGGAGUGGCUUUUCCGUGGUGUGGUCUACCAUUCCUACCUGACCAUCUUUGGGCAGAUUCCCUCCUACAUCGACGGGGUCAACUUCAACAUCGACCAGUGCAGCCCCAACGGGACUGACCCCUACAAGCCCAAGUGCCCGGAGACAAAUGCGGACAGCAAGACACCCAUCUUCCCAGAGUGGCUGACGGUCAUCUUGCUGUGCCUGUACCUGCUCUUCACCAACAUCCUCCUCCUCAACCUCCUCAUUGCCAUGUUCAACUACACCUUCCAGCAGGUCCAGGAGCACACGGACCAGAUUUGGAAGUUCCAGCGGCAUGACCUGAUCCAGGAGUACCACGGCCGCCCGCCCGCGCCCCCGCCCCUCAUCCUGCUGAACCACCUGCAGCUCCUGCUCCGGCGGGGCUUGCUCCGCCGGCCGGCCACGCGCCACCAGCUCAAGGAGAAGCUGGAGAAGAACGAAGAAGCCGCCCUUCUUUCGUGGGAGAUGUACCUGAAGGAGAGCUACCUGCAGCACCAGCAGUGCCAGGAGAAGCAGAACACGGAGCAGAUGAUCCGGGACAUUGCACAGAGGGUUGAUGCGCUGGCAGAGCUGCUGGACUUGGACCGGGUGAAGAGGACGGGGGUAGUGGAGCAAAGACUGGGCUCUCUGGAGGACCAGGUGCACCAGAGCGCCCAGGCCCUGAGGUGGAUGAUGCAGGCGCUGCGGGGCAAUGGCUUCAGCUCCGGCGAGGAUGUGCCGCCCGUGGGCUCCUCCAAAGCCUUGGACACCAAGGAGAUUGACCUGGAGGGGAGAGCCGAGGAGAGCCGGCCCCCGUACCACGUGCUUGCCCGACACCUCCUGUACCCGGGGUCUCACACUCUGCGCUUCCCUGUGCCCGAUGAGAAGGUGCCCUGGGAGGUGGAUUUCCCACUCUACGAUCCCCCUGCCUACUCGGCUGACCACAAGGACAUGGCUGUGCAGGACCCCUUCAGCCUCUCCUUGGAGUCUCUCCUGAAGAUCAACUACAACACCAUGGACGGGCUGAUUGACCGGCAGAGCUUCCACGGGCUCUACACCGUGCAGGACGGGCUGCCACUGAACCCCAUGGGCAGGACGGGGCUGCGAGGCCGGGGGAGGCUGCACUGCUUCGGGCCCAACCACGCCCUGCACCCCGUGGUGACCCGCUGGAGGAGGAACUUGGAUGGGUCCAUUAUAAGGAAGAGCCUGAAGAAGAUGCUGGAAGUUCUGGUGGCCCAAUACCCCCUGUCAGAUGUCUGGGCUCUGCCUGGGGGCUCACUGGAGCCAGGAGAGACGCUGCCCCUGAAGCUCAAGUGGAUCCUGCGCCGGGAGUUCUGGCCCCAGUUCCAGAACCUGCUGAAGCAAGGCACUGAGGUGCACAAGGGGUACCUGGACGACCCCCGCAACACGGACAACGCCUGGGUGGAGACGGUGGCCAUCAGCGUGCACUUCGACACCCAGAACGACGUGGAGAUGAAGCGGCUGAAUUCGUUCCUCCAGGGCUGCGACCCGGAGCUGUGCAUCCGCUGGCAGGUGCUGGACAAGAGGAUCCCCCUGCACGCCAACCACAAGGAGCUCCUGCGCAAGGUCUCAACCCUCCUCGGUGCCUACUACUGA